CUCUUAGAGACCAAUGUGAUUAUUUCUUUACUUAACAAUACCCGACAGACUGACGACAAACCACUGACUAACAAUCUGGAGAAUGUAGAGAAUGUAGAGAAUGUAGAGAAUGUGGAAAAUGUAGAUCCAUCAGAGGUUGCAGAUUGUGCGGAUGCUACCCUAGCUGAUGCUGCCGAUAUAAUCACUGACGGUGGCUUCACUAUCACUGACGGUGGAUUCACCAUCACUGAGGAUGCUGCUACUCCAGUUCCUGCAGAAGAAGGUGAUGAUUGUAACGAUGGUGAACGAGUCAAACAGUUUGUUAAUGAAGAGGAGGAGAAGAUGGUUGGUGGUGAUGGUGAGCAGGAAGAAAAUAAAUGUGAGCCGGAUGAGAACACUAUCUCAAACAAUGAUCAGGAGUCCAUGAUCAUAUCAGCAGUCACCCCAACACCAGCUACAGUUGAGACAGAAGAUAAAAUACUUAACACAGCACCUCGUGAGGAGGAGCAUAUCAUCAGUAAGGCUCCUUCAAUAGACUCCUUAAACAAGGCUCCUUCAAUAGGCUCCAUAAACAAGGCUCCCUCAAUAGAUGAUUUACAGACUCUUGAUGAAAAGAGCUUGGUAUCUGAAGUAAAUGUGACAGGACAACCACUGAGAAAAUUAUCCACCCCCAUGGCAGGCUUUAUCGAGGUCGAGGAAAUAGAUCUAGAUCAAGGAGGAUCAGGGCCUAAAGAUGACUUUGUGGUGAUUGGGGAUACGAAUAAGAAGGGUGAAGAAGGUCUGAGGAAUUUAGUGAAGGAUCAUGAGAAAAGACUGAGUUGUGCCUCAAUUUCCGUCUCAAAACUGUCUUCGAGAGACAAAGCUAGGGUGAAGAGGGUUUCGGAGAAGAAUCUUAAGACGAUCAAAAAGGAAGUUGAAAAACUGAAAGAAAUUGACCUAGACUAUUUGAAGACAUUGAACAGACACAAUAAUACUGUUGACAAGGAAGAAGAGAAACGGAAAAAGAAGAAAAAGAAGAAGGAGGGCGAGAACAUAAAGCCGGGGGAGGACAGGACGAUAAAGAAAUCCAAACGAGUUUUCAUCGAGGGAGAUAAGGAAGUCAUCGUUACAAUUACAGAAGAGACUGUAGUCAGACCGAUAAAAAAAGGGAAGAAGUCCAAAAAUCGUAGAAAGGUACGACUAAGAUAA